GUGGCGCGGGAAAUGAACAUAGUGCUUGCUGGCUGCAGCUGCAGGUCCUGCAUUGUUCACUGCAGAGCUGCUGCACGCUGUAACUCUGUACUUCUGUUUAUGUGCAAAGACUAUUAAAAGAAUAAUGCCUGCCACCCGCUCCAAGACACUGGCAACCCAGUCUCUGUCCACCAGGAUGAGUCUGAGGAGCUUCCGCGAGGUCCCUCUGGUGCGAAUGGAGUCCUCCUCCUCGUGCUCUGAUGACAGCUGUGACAGCUUUGGCUCCGAUGGAGGCUUCGCAAACACGAGGAGCAACUUGAGGCCAACGAGGAGAAUGGCGGCUAAACCAAAGGUGUUUAAAUCUUCAUCAGAGGAGGAUGCUUGCAGCGGGUUUGACGAGAGUGUCAUCAACAGUCGGAUGAAAGCCAUGAAAGUAGUCUCUGACUCUCCGAGACGUGGCCGCAGGUCCACCGUUCUGAAGGUUGCAAUGACAUUUCCCACCAAGAAGGUGGGCAAGAAGAGGCCUGCAUCUGAACCGCUCCCUCAGCCGAAAGUACAAGACUCCGACUCUGAGGGAGAGGAGAACUUCAUUAACAAGAGAGCCCUGAAUAUCAAGGAGAACAAAGCAAUGCUUGCCAAGCUCAUGGCAGAGCUGAAUAAAGUUCCUGGACUCUUCCCAGGACGGACAGCAAUGUCCGCAUCCACUACGCCUCGUCAGGCCCCUCGCCGCUCCAUGGCAACUCCUAGAGCUCUCAGGAGAAAAUCAGAGCGCCUGUCUCGACCCCACACACGGUCCCGCACACUGGUGGACGGACCUCCCAGCCCGCCUCCAGAGGAAGAGCCAGAGGACAAGUUCAGUCUGGUCCGCAAGAGCCGCUUCUACGAGGAAUUUGACGAGCCACCCCGCCGCCGUUCCUUCACCGGUAUGAAGGCCAUCCCUCAUGUAGUGAGGCCUGUGGACGACAUCACAGAGCUCGAGCUGCAGAGGAUCUGCACCAACGUGCGGGAGAAAGUCUACAACAGAGACACUGGAUCCACUUGCCACCAGUGCCGCCAGAAAACAACAGACACCAAAACCAACUGCCGCAAUCCAGAGUGUAUGGGAGUGAGGGGUCAGUUCUGUGGGCCCUGUCUCCGUAACCGCUACGGAGAGGAGGUCCGCGAUGCUCUGCUUGAUCCUGAGUGGCAGUGUCCGCCAUGCAGAGGGAUCUGCAACUGCAGCUUCUGUCGUGCCAGGGACGGCCGCUGUGCUACAGGAGUGCUGGUGUACCUGGCUAAAUAUCAUGGAUACGAUAAUGUGCACGCCUACCUGAAAAGCUUGAAGAAGGAGAUGGAGGAGGAGAGCGGCGAGUGACGUGUGGAGGAAGGAGCUGCUCCUGAUUCUGAUCCCGAUCCCGGACCUGACUGACAUUCUCUAUGACCAUUUUUAGAUACGCACAGUCCUAAUAUUGUUCACGGCGUUUCAAGCAUUAUAACACAAUGCUCAUUGUUCCUGUUUGUGAAAUUUCACAAUGUUUUAGCGUUGACUGACAUCUGGAGGAGGCGCACACAGCCAGGCCUCUCCAGCCUAAAGCUUGCUUUGUUUAUGUUCUGCCACAUAUUUUCCUGCCUGUUUUUAAAGAGCUGAGCCGUCAUUAAGACUGGUUGAUUGUAAGCGAAGGUGGACCAAAUGAAAUUUUAGGAAAAUGCCACAACCAUAAGUUUCCCAAACAUUCCUCUGUGAUUUGAAAUGUUUAAUGAUGAUUGAUGUACAUAUUCACAUUACCUGUAAGCUAAAUCAUCCUUCCUGCUGCACAGAAAUCAGGCUUGUUUAGAUGAUAUACUGUAUUUUACAUUGUUUUAAAUGUAUACAUUUUACGCUGCCCACUUGGACAUGAAUUUGGAUUCAUUAGUGCCUUUUUUUUCUUGCAAAUUUAUGCUUGUGUUUUUACAAGUUGUGUACAAAAAAACAAUGUUUUCUGUGGUUGGGGUGUCCUGUAGAAGUGGCCCAGUGAUCUGCAUGCUGCUGAGGUGGUGCAGGUGGAAAGGGCAUAGACUCUGGGGUCCACUGCGUCUCACUUCUAAACCGAGAGGAACUGUGUGAUAUACUACAGCGCCUGGUUAAAUAUCCUUCAUUAGAUAACUGUCACUAAUGGUGUGGAAACAAUUAGCACACUCUAAUGGGAAUCUCAUACCUGUAAAUCAUUUUAUCCUGUUAAAGCACAUUCCCGCUCUG